UCUGCCUUGCAGUUAACGUAAACAGUUAGCUCAAGCACACCAGAACAACCAUUUCACUGCACAGGGGAACACUUUCCUCUGUAAUGCCAAGGACACCAACACUCAUCACAUAGCCUAGUAACUUUCAAGAUGACUGCUGCGAGUCAAGCAGAGAGGACUGUGUUGGAAGAUGAAUUCAACUGGCUGCUAAAAGAGGAAGUCCAUGCCGUGCUGAAACAGCUGCAAGACAUUUUAAAGGAGGCAUCCAGGCGUUUUUCAAUGCCAACACCAGGAUUGGAGGGACAGCUGAAGCAGGAGAAUUUUAUCCUUGGCAGCUCCACAAUGGACCAAGUAAAGGGAGUAUUGACUUUGCAAGGUGAAGCAUUGACCCAGGCUGACAUCAACAUUAAAGUCGCCAAAAGCAGUCAAGUCCUCCAUUUCGCUUUCAGGGACGACAAACAGUGGAAACUGCAACAGAUCCAGGAUGCAAGGAACCACGUGAACCAGGCCCUCCAUCUCCUGAACAGCCGAGACGAGAGCUACCACUUCAAAACUGGGGCAGAGGUGAACAAGCUGAUGGAUGCGGUGAUGCUGCAGUUGACACGGGCCCGCAAUCGCCUCACCACCCCCGCCACCAUGACCCUGCCCGAGCUCGCCUCCAGCGGCCUCAUGAAAAUGUUCUCUCCUGCUAUGCCUGGAGACGUGAUGGUGAACUUCUACAUCAACCUCAGUAAGCUGUGCUUGGUCGUCUACCAGCUGCAUGUGCUGCAGCCAAAUACUACCAAGAACUUUAAACCAGCAGGAAGUUCUGUCUUGCACAACCCUGGAGCCAUGUUUGAGAUAAACAACGCUAAGUUUGAGGUCAGCCACGUCCACAAGGUGGAGUGUGUGGUGCCCUGGCUGAACGACACCCUGGUCUUCUUCACCAUCUCACUGCAGCUCUGUCAGCAGCUCAAGGACAAGAUAUCCGUGUUCUCCAGUUUCUGGAACUACAGGCCAUUUUAAACUGAGGCCACAACCAACAAAUCCUCAAAGAGAGGAAUUCACUACAAUGUCCCCUCACCCCUCCAGUAAUUGUGGUUCGUACACCUGUCUCCCAGGAUGUUCUACAGAGUCAACCUGGGGGGUAUUCCAAGAAACGUGGUCAAGUCUGAAACCUGGUUAAUUAACCCUACAGGAAGUGGUAAACCUAAUAAUACAUUAGCCGCAAGUGUCAUUUAGUUCAUAAAAUGGGGACUUCAGGCUCUUCUAUUAGAUGAUUUACCACCACUACCUCAAGGUUAACUUAAUCUGGUUUACCUCUGAACCUGCUUCUUGGAAUACCCACCUGAGGAACACCAGCCUCUCUGGUUAUUUGUCCAUGUGGUAUUUGAAUAGGAACAAUAAGCUAAUUUGUGGAGGGAGCAUGCAAACGCUCGGUGUCCAUGGUGCAGUUAGGAUGGAAAAACACAUACAGAUGUAGGGAGGCAUGUGUGGACAACCCGUGUCCUUUAUUGCCCUCAGUGGAGUAUCAUUAUGGAGUAAUCAUUUAGAUGUUUUGUGUUGUGUGUGUCUCAGUGUUUUUUUUCUUUGUGCUGGUAGACUUGCUUUGUUUUGUUGCUGACGCAUAUUAGAAAGAAAUGUUAUGACAGCGAUGGUGACAAGUCAUGCUGUGAAGUUAUACUUGACACAUUUCUUGUAGCGGCACCGUUUUGUUCUUACAUGUCAUGAAUGGACCUCCUAUUUUAAUAUUUGUCCCAUAUAAGCUGGAUAUGUUUCUUUUGCUGAAUCACAUGUUUCCUUUUCAGCUCUGAUCAGUAGUCUGUUAAUCGAUAUUCCUUAAAUCAAGCCAUUUCUUGAAGUCGAUAACAUCCAGCAGAUUUAGCAGUAUGAGUACCAGUAAUUACAUUCCCUAACACUACAGACAGAAGGUUUUAAAUGUUUUGCACUUGUUUGUUAAAUGUAACGUUUUCUUUUGUUACUUGAGUUACUGCAUUCCAAAGACAUUUUUUGUCUUUUUCACGGUUGCUGACACUAUAUGAUGUAAAGAAUUCACUAGCAUCAGCUCAUGGGAAGAGUCUGAUCACAAAACCAUUCCAUGAGAUUUUCAAGGGGUAUAACUGGCAUUACUCGAAAAGACUUCAGGAGGCUUAACUCUAUUCAACGCUGCACUUAUUUUUUCCUCUUGUUGCUUAUACACAUGUAUUCUUUUGUUUCAGAAAACAAGCAAAACUGUUCUGCUUAAUUUAUUUAUUUAUCAUUCAGUAUUGCAUUAUUUUGCACUUUUUGACUGUUUUUGUCUUGAUGUUCAAUUUCAUUUCAACGUGGAACAAAUGAAGUCUUACACUAUUUUUAAAAGAAAUAUGGACCAUAAAAUAUACUGUGCUCUAAAUAAAUGUGAAAGUAUAUAUGCA